CGGCGCAGCGGGCAUGGACCAGUACUGCAUCCUGGGCCGCAUCGGGGAGGGCGCGCACGGUAUCGUCUUUAAGGCCAAGCACGUGGAGACUGGAGAGAUCGUGGCGCUCAAGAAGGUGGCUCUGCGGCGGCUGGAGGAUGGCAUCCCCAACCAGGCCCUGCGGGAGAUAAAGGCCCUGCAAGAGAUCGAGGACAAUCAGCACGUGGUGCAGCUGAAGGCGGUGUUCCCACACGGUGCAGGCUUUGUACUGGCCUUCGAGUUUAUGCUGUCAGAUCUCGCUGAGGUGGUGCGCCACGCCCAGAGGCCACUGGUCCAGGCACAGGUCAAGAGCUACCUGCAGAUGCUGCUCAAGGGUGUCGCAUUCUGCCAUGCAAACAACAUCGUGCAUCGGGACCUGAAACCGGCCAACCUGCUCAUCAGUGCCUCAGGCCAGCUCAAGAUAGCGGACUUUGGCCUGGCCCGGGUCUUUUCCCCAGAUGGCAGCCGCCUCUACACACACCAGGUGGCCACCAGGUGGUACCGAGCCCCUGAGCUCCUGUACGGCGCCCGCCAAUAUGACCAGGGCGUUGACCUGUGGGCUGUGGGCUGCAUCCUGGGGGAAUUGCUGAACGGAUCCCCUCUCUUUCCUGGGGAGAACGAUAUUGAACAACUUUGCUGUGUGCUUCGAAUCUUGGGCACCCCCAGUCCUCAAGUCUGGCCGGAGAUCACGGAGCUGCCCGACUACAACAAGAUUUCCUUCAAGGAGCAGGCGCCCGUGCCCCUGGAGGAGGUGCUGCCUGACGCGUCUCCUCAAGCCUUGGACCUGCUGGGGCAGUUCCUGCUCUACCCUCCACGCCAGCGCAUCUCAGCCUCCCAGGCCCUCCUGCACCAGUACUUCUUCACGGCUCCCCUGCCUGCCCACCCCUCGGAGCUGCCCAUUCCCCAGCGCCCAGGGGGACCUGCCCCCAAGGCCCACCCAGGGCCCCCCCACGUCCAUGACUUCCAUGUGGACCGGCCUCUCGAAGAGUCACUGUUGAACCCGGAGCUGAUUCGGCCCUUCAUCCCAGAGGGGUGAGACGCUGGGCCAGCCCUGCUGUCCUGCUCCCCAGAGCCCCCCAGGCUUCUUGUACUUCUGCUUAGCCUGACUCAACCUCCCAUGGCCUCUACCCAGCCACACUUGUUCCACUCCA